UCUCCCAUCGCCCUCCUCAUUGGUGGAAAACUAGCGUAGUGACGUCAUCCAGCCCGGUGCAUUCCGGGACUAGUAGUCCACUUGCGACUGGCAACGUUACCGUAACGUUUUCGUGACGUUGGAGCAACGUGAUAGCGUGCGCAAGCGGGGGGCCGUUUGUCCAUGAAGUCCGUUCGUAUCGGGUUCCGAAGAGCGCUCCGGAGCCCCGGGCUCGCCUCGGUUCUGUAGGCGCGCGGUUCAGCGUAGGCGAUGGCCCAGAGGAACGGCGGCGCGUCUCACUGGGCGCUGCAGCGGCGCGUCGAGGGGCUCGUGAACAAACACAUGGCAGACAUGGCCCUGGAGACCCUGCAGCAGCGGCUGUGCACCGUGUCCGGGGACGUCAUCGGCCAUCUGUCCGAAGAGGGCGCGGGGCGGCCGGACGCGCUGCUGCUGCGGCGCGCGGAGGGCGCGGCCUCGACGUCGGCGUCGGCGACGGCAUCGGGGACGCGCGCAGACGCCGAAUGCACCUUGGAGGCGGAGUCUCGCUCGGACCCGUACGGCGGCACCUGUGCGGAAAAGUUAGCGUCGGCAGCCUCGUGCUCAGAGACGGCGGCUCAGAGGAAGAUCAUCGCGCUGCUCAUGGAGAUCAAGGAGGAGCAGCAGCGGCAGUGGGCCGUGCUCAAGGAGCUGCAGGCGCAAAUCCAGGGCCCCGUGUGCGACGACGAGGCCGAGGCGCCGGACAUCGACCUGCCUCUGCGCUCCAUGGAGCAGCUCGAUGAGACCGAGAGACACCUGGAGGACGCGGUCGCGCAGAAGAGAAUGGUGUCCCACCUGUCGCGGAUGGGCGGGGCCACCAUCGACGACGCCGUGCGCCGUCUCAUGCAGGCCGUGCUCUCGUUCGGAGUCGGGUCCGAGCUGAACUGGGUCGGGCGUGGACACAAGAGAAGCUUCCGGAGCACAAGGCUACAGGGCGUCCUCUUCCGCGCCCUCAAGAGGACGCCGGUGGGGAAGGACGCCACCCACCACCAGUUCGCGGACGUCGUGAAGAAGUGGCUGCGCUUCGCCCCCUUCAGGCAGGGGGGCAGCGGGCGCAGGCAGCAUUACAAGCCCCCCGUGGAGUUCCUGUGCAGCGAGUGAACGUCACCAUCUUCGUCCACGAGAGCAGAUGCAAAAUGCAUCGUCGCUUCUUUCAUAUUUAACCGCUGUCGCGUAACAGACUGAUACGGUUUUUGUUUUCCUCCUCGUUCAUGUAACUCCCUGCUGUUGCUCAUUAAAUCUGUCCAACCGAA